AUGGAGGGAUGUGCUGCGGACAGAGAAAAGGCAGAGAAGGAGAGUUACAUAGCUCAUCUGGAGAGCAGGCUGCCUGCCUCCACAACAAUGAGCUCCAAAUGGUAGUGGAACAUCAACUAUAUCAUCAACUAAAUGCUAAUGAAAGGAGAGAAACAGCACACCCUGCCUGCCUCAGUGCCUCCACCCUAGCAUUUCCUUCUCUCUUAGGAAUCUGGCUUCUUUCUUAUGGUGGUCCGUAGCUGGGGGUGAUGGUGCUGGGCCGGUAGCAGAAAGGGCUGCUGGAUGGUGGGGUCCAGGGAAGGUGGGGAUGGUAAGUGUGGAUCUGUGGAAUGGAUCUUGGGGUAAUGGAAAGCGCUACGUGACUCAAUAGUGGAAGUCCCCUGGCGGCCAUAUAUACAGGCCUAGGCUUCCAGAGGCAGUUUGUAACUCGGUAGUGAGUGUUGCAACCGAGGACAGCACUCGCCGGUCCCAUUCUGUGAGCUUGUGUGGCCUACCACUUUGCGACUGAGACGUUGUUGCUCCUAGACGUUUCCACUUCACAAUAACAGCAUUUACAGUUGACCGGGGCAGCUCUAGCAGGGCAGAAAUUUGACGAACUGACUUGUUGGAAAGGUGGCAUCCUAUGACGGUGCCAUGUUGAAAGUCACUGAGCUCUUCAGUAAGGCCAUUCUACUGCCAAUGUUUGUCUAUAGAGAUUGCAUGGCUGUGUGCUUGGUUUUAUACACUUGUCAGCAACGGGUGUGGCUGAAAUAGCCGAAUCCACUAAUUUGAAGGGGUGUCCACAUACUUUUGUAUAUACAGUGUAUGUACAUAUAGGUAGGGAUAAAGUGACUAGUCAACAGGAUAGAUAAUAAACAGUAACAACAGCGUAUGUGAUGAGUCAGAAAGGGUCAGUGCAGUCAGUCCAGGUAGUUAUUGGUGAACUAUUUAACUAACUAUUUAGCAGUCUUAUGUCUUGGGGGUAGAAGCUGUUCAGGGUCCUAUUGGUUCUAGACUUGGCGCUCCGGUACCGCUUGCCGUGCGGUAGCAGAGAGAACAGUCUAUGACUGGGGUGGCUGGAGUCCUCGGAUACCGCCUGGUAUAGAGGUCCUGGAUGGUAGGGCGCUCGGCCCCAGAGAUGUACUUUUGGUUUCUCUUGCAAAAGAGAGUUUAUUUCAAUGAGACUACCCUGUAUAAAUAAAGGUUAAACAGUAAAAAACACAGUUCUGUUUCCUUCAGGGCUUUUAGCCAUUCAUAACAAUAGUUUAGCCAAGUAAUGCUCAUUAUGUAAAUAUCUGUACAUGUGGGGUUAGUGCAUAGAUGAUUUUGCAUACUGUGGCAACUUCAUGAAUGAUGUAUGAAUCCAAAGUGGUGUAAAUGCAUAGCAGAGAUGGGAGAAUCCCCUCCAGAGAUGGAAUACCUCUGCUUACCUCUCUGAAUCCCCCCUUUAUGCACUUCCUCCCUCCAUUGUUCCUCCCUCUGCUGUUCCUCCCUCUGCUGUUCCUCCCUCUGCUGUUCCUCCCUCUGCUGUUCUUCCCUCUGCUGUUCUUCCCUAAGCUGUUCCUCCCUCUGCUCCUCCAUAGAGCUGCAUCUGCAACUAUUUACAUGCAGUCUCCAGUGACUGUUACAGGCAUCUCAAAAGCCUCCUUCUCCUUUCUAUAGGCGCUGCAAUGAAGCAAAGACGGGAUGUAUGGCAAGUUAUUUUGCUCCCUAGUUGCCAUUGAGGCUGAAGUGGGGUGGUGAACUCUAUAUCACACAGGCCUUUAGCCUGAUCUGCUCAACAACAGGCCUAUAUCUUAAUCCACCCACACCAUCACCAUUACCCCCCUGCUCUGCUCUCUGCAUCCAGGCCUCUCAGACAGUCAGUUACUCGUCUUUUGUAGUUCUUCUCAUUUCUCCUCCCUUUCUCUCUUAGACCUCAGACAGAUUUUUGGACCACAAGAUGAGUUCCUCUGAAGUCUCUCUCUCUCUCUCUCUCUCUCUCUCUCUCUGGUUUCAUAGCUGGGCCCCUUGUUUUUGAAAACGGCAUAUUUGCAUGUCAGUUUGCAUGUAGCCUCCAAGCUCGAUGGUCUUCUCUGACUGCCAUCUCUCUCUCUCGGGGAAAGGAAUGAAAAAGACGCUGUUUUAUUUUUUCUUCUGAGGGUGUUGAAUAUUUCAGUUUAGCAUUUUCUCUCUUUUUAUGUACUCCUUCUUUUUUCAGGGAGGGCCUUUAAUGUGUCUGGAUUCCUUAUCAUUCUGCUUGCAUGAGCUCAGAUACACACAUGCAACAUGCACACACACACACACACACACACACACCACACACACACACACACACACACACACACACACACACACAGAACCACACACACACUGCCUGGCAUAAGCUGGACCAGACCAGAUGUGUCCAUAUACAUAUUCCAUAUGUUAGUGUGUGUGUGUGUGUGUCUAUCCUGCAGUCAGACACUCCACCCACAUGCAGUGCAUUACAGCACGUACAUUGAGAACAUUCUGUGCACACAUGAUCAUUAAAGUACAGAACAGCUCAUUGAUUGAGUUGUCCUGGACUGGCCUGGACAGCCAUGCUAUACUACCAGGACUUCUCUUUCUCAACCAGCUUCAUAGUAGGAGAAGAGAACCUCAAUAGAAGGAUGGUAAAGUUGAUAACUGGUUUAUCUUGACUGGCUGUGUCCCACGUGCUUGAGGGGAGGCAUUGUGUGUGAGCACUUGUAUGGGUGUGUGUGAUUCAUACAGUAUACACUACCAGUCAACAGUUUGGACACACCUACUCAUUCAAGGGUUUUUCUUUAUUUUUACUAUUUUCUACAUUGUAGAAUAAUAGUGAAGACAUCAAAACUAUGAAAUAACACACAUGGAAUCAUGUAGUAAUCAAAAAAGUGUUAAACAAAUCAAAAUAUAUUUUAUAUUUGAGAUUCUUCAAAUAGCCACCCUUUGCCUUGAUGACAGCUUUACACACUCUUGGCAUUCUCUCAACCAGCUUCAUGAGGUAGUCACCUGCAAUGCAUUUCAAUGAACAGGUGUGCCUUCUUAAAAGUUAAUUUGUGGAAUUUCUUUCCUUCAUAAUGCGUUUGAGCCAAUCAGUUGUGUGGUGACAAGGUAGGGGGGGUAUACAGAAGAUAGCCCUAUUUGGUAAAAGACCAAGUCCAUAUUAUGGCAAGAACAGCUCAAAUAAGCAAAGAGAAACGACAGUCCAUCAUUACUUUAAGACAUGAAGGUCAGUCAAUACGGAACAUUUCAAGAACUUUGAAAGUUUCUUCAAGUGCAGUCGCAAAAACCAUAAAACGCUAUGAUGAAACUGGCUCUCACAAGGACUACCACAGGAAUGGAAGAACCAGAGUUACCUCUGCUGCAGAGGAUAAGUUCAUUAGAGUUACCAGCCUCAGAAAUUGCAGCCCAUAUAAAUGCUUCACAGAGUUCAAGUCACAGACACAUCUCAACAUCAACUGUUCAGAGGGGACUGUGUGAAUCAGGCCUUCAUGGUCGAAUUGCUGCAAAGAAACCACUACUAAAGGACACCAAUAAGAAGAAGAGACCUGCUUGGGCCAAGAAACACGAGCAAUGGACAUUAGACCGGUGGAAAUUUGUCCUUUGGUCUGGAGUCCAAAUUGGAGGUUUUUGGUUCCAACCCCCUUUCUUUGUGAGACGCGGUGUGGGUGAACGGAUGAUCUCCGCAUGUGUGGUUCACACUGUAAAACAUGGAGGAGGAGGUGUUAUGGUGUGGGGGUGCUUUGCUGGUGACACUGUCUGUGAUUUAUUUAGAAUUCAAGGCACACUUAACCAGCAUGGCUACCACAGCAUUCUGCAGCGAUACGCCAUCCCAUCUGGUUUGGUCUUAGUGGGACUAUCAUUUGUUUUUCAACAGGACAAUGACCCAACACACCUCCAGGCUGUGUAAGGGCUAUUUUACCAAGAAGGAGAGUGAUGGAGUGCUGCAUCAGAUGACCUGGCCUCCACAAUCCCCUGACCUCAACCCAAUUGAGAUGGUUUGUGAUGAGUCGGACGGCAGAGUGAAGGAAAAGCAGCCAACAAGUGCUAAGCAUAUGUGGGAACUCCUUCAAGACUGUUGGAAAAGCAUUCCAGGUGAAGCUGGUUGAGAGAAUACCAAGAGUGUGCAAAGCUGUCAUCAAGGCAGAUGGUGGCUAUUUGAAGAAUCUCAAAUAUAAAAUAUAUUUUGAUUGUUUAACACUUUUUUGGUUGCUACAUGAUUCCAUAUGUGUUAUUUCAUAGUUUUGAUGUCUUCACUAUUAUUCUACAAUGUAGAAAAUAGUAAAAGUAAAGAAAAACCCUUGAAUGAGUAGGUGUGUCCAAACUUUUGACUGGUACUGUAUGCGUGUGAUUCAUACAGUAUAUGUGUGUGAGGCAUACAGUAUAUGUGUGUGUGUGCACUUGCACGAGUGUGUGUGAGGCGAGGCGUCGUGUGGUUUCAGUGGUCUGGAAAAAGACGGGAGCCCUGGAGCCUCCUGUCUGGCAUGCGGCUAGGCGGAAGCCCUGUCACCCUCUCCUUAAGACACUCACUCUCUUUCUCUCCCUCUCUUUUCCCCUCUUUUUAUCCCUUUAAGAUGGAAGGAUGAGAGGAUGGCACAUCUCUAAUUUGAGUCUCCUCUCCUUCCACUUCUCUGACCAGAAGCCAUUUAAAGCCGUGGGCCACCGAGGAGCUGGCAUCCCCCUCUUUCUUCUCCUCCCUCUCCCUCUCCCUCUCUCCGCCAGGCCUCCCUACGUCUUCUCUCUGCCCUCUCAUCUCACCCCUUUCUCUGUGAUUGACUGACUGCUGCUCCCUGUCUCACACUCCCAGAUACAUAUUUAGGCACACACACACACACACACACACAUAUGGUCACUCUCACUUCCUCAGAUGGCCUCAUGCAUUCAUCUACAUACUACUGUCAAGUGUUAAAUACAUGCUUAUUACACACACGCACACACUCACUCACUCACACACACACACACACACACACACACACACACACACACACACACACACACAAACAAACAGGCUCGGAGUGACAACACACACUCAUCAGUGCACCUCUUCUCACGCUCGCAACACACCCAACUUCUGUCUUCCUCCUUUUUUGAAAGUUUCAAAGAAGUUCAUCCUGCUUUUUCUGUUACUUCCUUUCUUCUCACUUUUUCCCUCUCUCUCUCUCUUUUCCUCCAUCUUUUCUGCACGACUUGACUCCACAUCCUUUUGUGUCUUGGUGCGCUGCUUUGCACAGCACCCUGAAGUCAGUCAUAUUGGCUGCCUGAUUAAUAAUUACAGCGUACACAACGGCGUGGGGAAAAACAAUUUCUGCCAUCUUUGAUGUCCAACAUGAGAAAGACCAAAAUGACAAAGAGACAGAGGAACGCUAUAAAGAGGAGGAAACAACAUCUCAUUUAGCCUCUUUUCAAUCUUUUUUUGUUGCCUCCUUUUUCCCCUGCUGUUGUUGUUGUUGUUGUUGUUGUUUUUAUCUGACUGUCUGGUGGUGCGUUAAAUAAGGAGGGCAGUGGUGAGGGAAGAAAUAAUGUUUCUCUUUUUCUGUCUCUGUUCUUUUCCCAAAACAUCACAAGACACAUGUCUACACACGUGGGUGUCUGGCUGGCAGUGACCAAUGACUCGUCUUCACUCUGAGCAUUAGACAUAGGCCUCAUCCCAAAUGGCACCCUAUUCCCUACACAGUGCACUACUUUUGACCAGGGCCCACAGGGUCAGAUUAAGGGCUAUGUGUGUCAAUCCUGUUUGACUUCUCAGCGUUGUUUCUUGUCUGAUACUUCCGUCUGUGUGUUACUUAGUAUGGGUUUAUUGUGUCUGUCUGUCUCCUGGCCAAGGGAAUCUUCUUCCCUCACUUCCAUCCAUUCCAACACACACACACACACUAGACAUGUUCUGAAGGCAGGUCUGACAGCUGCGGUGUUGCAGUCGGUGUGAUCAUGAGUUGAAGACUGUCUCUGCUCUGACAGCUCUUUAUGCUGGGACUCCCUAUAUGGCUGACACACACACACACACACACACACACACACACACACAAAGCCCUUGUUCACUCCAACCAUCACUUCUGCUACACAACCAUUAAAGGUUUGAACUGAAAAGUGAUGUACAGGAGAGGGUUUUGCGGUGAACAAAAUCAAUCAUAUUACAGAGAAAAUCUCAACUCCAUAUGAUAUGUUUAUGUAUCACUUUGUCUUUUUUCAUUUGUGUGUGUGUAUUAAUGUGUGUGUAUGUGUAUGCAGUAAUGUGUGUAUGUGUUUCAGGGAGAAGGAGGAGCAGCUGGGGCGUGAGAGGGAGUGUCAGCGGCAGCAGACCCAGCAGGCAGAGAAUGCUCUGGAACACUUUAAGAAACAAGUAGAGAUCAGCUCAGAGAAGACCUACGCUGACAUGAAACUACAGGUAACAUACUGAUAAUACUACAUGGAAAUCCCUGGUUCUGUAAAGCCGGGACAGUAGUGUUGUAUGGAGGGGAGAAAGAGGGGCCUAUAUGAUCUUUACUAUCCCCAGCACACACACACACUUAUCAUCAUCAUCAUCAUCAUCGUCAUCGGUGAUCACUGGAGUCCAGUAUGAUUGUCCUCCAUGGGGUCUUCUAUUUGUGGGUCUUCAGAUGGCUGUAGUGGCUGAUCCGGGAGCCACAUAUUUUGGUGCAGUGUGGGCAGGGAUGAGUGGUGGUUGGUGGUUGGGCCUUCCUGGUGUUCAGUCUCUCCUUGUGUAGCUGUCCCUUGUCCUCUGCGGCACAGUGGAGAUCUUUUCCAUGUAGUGCAGCUCCCUCUUGAAUGUUUUUUCUCCAGUUGUCUGUUUAGUGCAGUGUCCUUCCAGUUGUCUGUUUAGUGCAGUGUCCUUCCAGUUGUCUGUUUAGUGCAGUGUCCUUCCAGUUGUCUGUUUAGUGCAGUGCCCUUCCAGUUGUCUGUUUAGUGCAGUGUCCUUCCAGUUGUCUGUUUAGUGCAGUGUCCUUCCAGUUGUCUGUUUAGUGCAGUGUCCUUCCAGUUGUCUGUUUAGUGCAGUGUCCUUCCAGUUGUCUGUUUAGUGCAGUGUCCUUCCAGUUGUCUGUUUAGUGCAGUGUCCUUCCAGUUGUCUGUUUAGUGCAGUGUCCUUCCAGUUGUCUGUUUAGUGCAGUGUCCUUCCAGUUGUCUGUUUAGUGCAGUGUCCUUCCAGUUGUCUGUUUAGUGCAGUGUCCUUCCAGUUGUUGGAGGUGACGUAGAAUUUCUGAAGGUUUGUUUUGAUGUUGUCUUUGUAGCGUUUCCUUUGUCCGCCAGGGGCUCGCUGACUUUCCUUCAACUGGGAGUACAUCAUCUGUUUUGGGAAGCGUUAGUUGGGCAUCCGGAUCACACGACAUGUCCAUCAGAGUUGGGGUUGUAUUAUUGUAGUGGUGAUGCUGUUUAUUUUGGCCUCUUCCAGCACGCUGGUGUUGGUCGCCAGCUUUGUAGACCAGGAGUUUUGUUUACGGACACAUACAUACAUGCACAUCUCUUCCAUGGUCUCUGGCACUAGCGUGCACACACACUUCCCCUGUCCCCUCUCUUUCCUGUCUCGUCACCACAGAGAGUGGAGGCUGGAUGACAAACAGACAGUGAUCAAACCAAGACAAUACAGAUGACUGCAGGCCCGUCGCUCACACACACACACACUUCUCUGAGUUGAGAAGACACAGCCUGGCCACAGAUGCACAGGGGCGCCAUGCUGGCUACACACAGAUUCCUCUGUCUCGCUCUCUUUUUCUCUUCCUCUCUUUCGCUCUCCUUCUUUUUCUCUCCUUUUUCUCUCUCUCCUUCAUGCUCUAUCUUUCCCCCUUUCUCUCUCUCACAGCUGGUCUAAACAUGUUUCUUUUAAGGCCCUCUAUUUGUGAUCAGCUAUAUUAUCUUCACAGAGUGCUAGGUGGCAAAAUAUGGUAAAAGCAAAGAAUGAUUCUAUAUUCCCAUAACUUUAAAUCCCCACUCUGUGAUCUUUACAGCCAUUUCUUAUCAUUUAAAUGAACAAUAUAAAGUGGUCUGAGUUAACAAUCCUACAGCGUUUAGUUCCAUCACUAAAGCCCUCGACUUUGACCAGUUGUGUUAUAGAGCCUAUAUCCUAUAUGUUUUGUGCGUGAGUGCAUGUGCCUGCUCUCACCCUGUGUGGGUGUGGGGUGGGCCGGGUGGUAAUGAUGUUAGAAGCCGUCACAGAGGACGUGUCUCUAAACAGCGGAGUGAUGGAGUAAUUAGUCUAUUUCACUGUUCAACACUUGGCAGAGUGUGGGCUGUGGAUUAUUGAGAGAUAACUAAUCGAUGCAGACUUAGCUGUAAACUAUGUGUUAUUACAAAGUUAGAGUUUCCCUAGGCCUCUGGGCAGAGUGUGUGUGGGCUUUAUUGAUAGAGCACUCGUUAAAUUGUGAACAAUGGAGAUGUUAUACGGUAAUUAGUAUGUUACUGUAGGCCUUUAACUUAUUGGCAUGGUGUGGGUGGGAAUAUCAUAGAAUAGAUAUAGGCCUGACUGACAACACCAUGGACAGUGUGUUCUUACAAGUCACACUCCUCCUCCUCUUCCCUCUAUCCUUCUCCCUCCUUUUACUCCACUCCUCCUCUCCUCUCCCCAGCGGUCCCCUGGACUCCCGAUCUUCCAUCUCUCUCUAUCCUCGUCUCACAUCAAAGUCAUGAGAGAGCAGCAAUCUUCUCUGCAUCCUCCCCCUCUCUCUUUUUCUCUCAUUCCAUCCAUCUCUCUACAUCUCUUUCUAUCUACAUUUCGCCCUAUCUUUAAUAAUAUAAGAAAGCAUCUUCAGUCUCUCCUCUGUCUCUCUCUGUCUCUCCUCUGUCUCUCUCUGUCUCUGUCUCCUCUGUCUCUCUCAGUCUCUCCUCUGUCUCUCUGUCUCUGUCUCUCCUCUGUCUCUGUCUCUGUCUCUGUCUCUCCUCUGUCUCUGUCUCUCCUCUCCUCUGUCUCUGUCUCUCUCUGUCUCUGUCUCUCCUCUGUCUCUGUCUCUCCUCUGUCUCUCUCUCUGUCUCUGUCUCUCUCUGUCUCUCCUAUGUCUCUCUCUGUCUCUGUCUCUCCUCUGUCUCUGUCUCUCCUCUGUCUCUCUCUGUCUCUGUCUCUCCUCUGUCUCUCCUCUGCCUCUGUCUCUGUCUCUCCUCUGUCUCUCUCUGUCUCUCUCUGUCUCUGUCUCUCCUCUGUCUCUGUCUCUGUCUCUCCUCUGUCUCUCUCUGUCUCUGUCUCUGUCUCUGUCUCUUCUCUGUCUCUGUCUCUCCUCUGUCUCUGUCUCUCCUCUGUCUCUGUCUCUCCUCUGUCUUUCUCUGUCUCUGUCUCUCUCUCUGUCUCUCUCUUUGUCUCUCUCUCUCUCUCUCUGUGGGUGUUAUGUUGGUGUUAAACUGUGUUGAUAGGGUUGUGUCUAAAUGGAUUACUGCUCGCCUUAAAAGCUUGCACUCUGCUGGACGCCGUUUAAAGAAAAGUGUCUGCCCUAUUUUGAGUGUAGAAUAUAAAGACACACAGCACCAUGUGGAACAGAAACUGUCGCUGCAGUUCAAAGGAUGUUUUCACAUAAUAAGAGGAUAAAUCACUACAUAUUGCCAUAGUGCCGUUCUCUCACCUGUCUCUAGAUAAGUCAUUGGGAAAGAUCCCAUCUUGUCUGUGCCAGGAUUUCACUCAGUAACCUCUUUCAUUACUUUCUCCAUAGAUUUAUCUCGCGCUCUCUGUGCAUGGAAAAUAUGUUGCUAUUGUCAUUGAGAAUCACAGAGUGAUCUUUCUCUCUCCCUCCUUGUGUAGAUGGAUAAGGUGGAGGAGGAUCUGACCCGCUCCAAGUCCCUAAGAGAGAAACAGGCCAAGGAGUUCUCCAACCAACUGGAAGAGCUCAAACAGAGAUACGAACAGCAGGUCAGUGGGAGAGAGAAGGGAGGGGGACUUGAUACUGUUACGUUUUUGCCAGAAUAUUUCUUGUUUAAACUUUAAACAUUUCCUAUUAUUUUGGGAUUUAUACAGUUUAUUUGAAUAUGGGGACAUUCUGACAUCCAUUUGAGAUGUAAAAAAAAAUAGAUAUAUACAAAGAAAAUCCUCUACAUGAGCCAUCUGUGUUGCCUCGUCACAAAAGACACAGAUGAUAUUCAACAGAGAUUUGUGGUCUUAAUCAACUAUUAAACCCCCAAUGGAAAACUCUGAUUCAAUCUGUGUUCGGCUCAUACCGUCUGAUUUAUCAUCCAGCCCCAUCAGUUUCCUCUGAUUAGAAAUCUCCAAACCAUUUUCCUUUUCUAUUGAAAUCUAACUCACUGAUAUAAAGUCUACUUUUAUGAGGAGAGAAAUUCAAUUAACCCACUGGAAUGUCCAUUAUCUGGUGUAAAUUAUGGGAUUGUAUGAAGAAUUGGAGAAAGCUUGAAGGCAUCUAACCCAAACCAUACCCCUUUAUUGCUGUUCAAUUUAGCCUCUUUGGAAUCAUGAAAUUAACUACCAUGCCAAGGGGUGUCAUUGGUUGAAACGACUAAACACACACACCAUUACAUGUUUGCAUAGCAUACUGUACACUGAGUGUACAGAACAUUAGGAACACCAUCCUAAUAUUGAGUUGCCUCCCCUUUUGCCCUCAGAACAGCCUCAAUUCAUCUGGGCAUGGACUCUACAAGGUGUCGAAAGCUUUCCACAGGGAUGCUGGUCCAUGUUGACUCCAAUGCUUACCACAGUUGUGUCAAGUUGUCUGGAUGUCUUUUGGGUGGUGGACCAUUCUUGAUACACACGGGAAACGGUUGAGCGUGAAAAACCCAGCAGUGUUGCAGAUCUUGACACAAACCGGUGCCCUGCCACCUACUACCAUACCCUGUUCAAAGGCACUUCAAUCUUUUGUCUUGCCCAUUCACCAUCUGAAUGGCACACACACAAUCCAUGUCUCAAUUGUCUCAAGGCUUAAAAAAUCCUUAUUUAACCGGUCUCCUCCCCUUCAUCUACACUGAUUGAAGCGGAUUUAACAAGUGACAUCUAUAAGGGAUCAUAGCUUUCACCUGGAUUCACCUGGUCAGUCUGUCAAGGAAAGAGAAGAUGUUCCUAAUGUUUUGUACACUGUAUGUGGGACAUGUGGGACAUUCUGGAAUUUUUUUAAAAUUAUUAUUAGAUUUUUCUAUUUUUUUGUCUGCUUUGUUGCCUCAUCACAAAAGACACAGAUGAUAUUCAACAGAGAUUUGUGUUCUUAAUCAACUAUUAAACCCCCAAUGGAAAACUCUGAUUCAAUCUGUGUUCGGCUCAUACCGUCUGAUUUAUCAUCCAGCCCCAUCAGUUUCCUCUGAUUAGAAAUCUCCAAACCAUUUUCAUUUUCUAUUGAAAUUUAACUCACUGAUAUAAAGUCUGCUUUUAUGAGGAGAGAAGUUCAAUUAAACCACUGGAAUAUCCAUUAUCUGGUGGAAAUUAUGGGAUUGUAUGAAGAAUUGGAGAAAGCUUGAAGGCAUCUAACCCAAACCAUACCCCUUUAUUGCUGUUCAAUUUAGCCUCUUUGGAGCCGUGAAAUUAACUACCAUGCCAAGGGGUGUUAUUGGUUGAAACGACUAAACACACACAGACCAUUACAUGUUUACAUUUUUUUUAAAUAAUAAUAAUAAUAAUUAUUAUUAUUAUAAAAAAACCACAUAUAAAAAUAAAUAAACAAAAAAAAUAAAAAACAACAACAAUAUAUAUAUAUAAAACAAAUGAAAAUUAAAAACAUACUCCCAAAAAAAAAUUUAAACUAUAAAAAAUAUAUAACAAAAAAACAUUAAAUAAAAUACUAAAUAAUUUUUGGGGGGUAAAGUGGUUGUCCCACUGGCUAUCAUAAGGUGAAUGCACCAAUUUGUAAGUCGCUCUGGAUAAGAGCGUCUGCUAAAUGACGUAAAUGUACAUAGCAUGCUGUAUAUGCAGCCUAUGUUUUAACUUUGUGUAUGAGUUGAAAAACAGAUGUUUUUUAAAUCGCCUUUGUAUCGGCUACUACAUUUACAUUUACAUUUUAGUCAUUUAGCAGACGCUCUUAUCCAGAGCGACUUACAGGAGCAAUUAGGGUUAAGUGCCUUGCUCAAGGGCACAUUUACGUCAUUUAGCAGACGCUCUUAUCCAGAGCGACUCACAAAUUGGUGCAUUCACCCUAAUGAGUAUAUCCAAUGAGUAAUAUUCGGUAUUGUUGUGAGCCAACCUCAUAUCUGUGACACUCUCACUGUAUCCAGUCACUAACUAGGAUAUCAUCUGUGAUUGCAGUGUGUGUCAAAGACAUGAUUGAUUUUCCGAGCCCAUUAAAAAACACUUCUAUCUCUCCACCUCCCGCCUAAUAACCAUUCCAACUCUCAUUCCCCACACGCAGACAGACUAGCGGUGCGUGUUAAUUGCUCGAGAUGUUUUGGAGUGGAGGAUAUGAGAGCAAUGUUUUGCUGGCAAAUAGAGUAAUGGUUUUCCAUUUCCGAUUUGGUCCGUUGUGGAAUCGUCGGUUUGAGGUUGCGCCUUUCCUAAUAAUCUCUCGAUACAGGGGUUAUUGAGGUUUGAAUAUAAUCGUAUUGUGAAUUCUCCUUUUUUUUUUUUUAAUCCGCUUAAAUGCCCAUUAAAUUGGAGUUAAAGUGAGGUGUAGAAGUGGAGCUCAAUUGAAGGUCUGAAAGUGUUUUCACAGGACUCAUUGUUGUAGUGACAAUUUACGUUUCAGUCCUAACAUUAAAUAGUAUGUGUUUGUAGUCAAAAGCAGGUUUUUAUCCUUGUUGUAAUAUUGUUUGUGUGUCAGUGUUGCUGAAUCUGAAACAUCUGAAAAUGUUUACCGGUAUGUAAAUAUCAUAAUCCCUUUUAAAUGGAGAACAGCAUAUGACAGAAGGUAUCAAAGACAAUACCCGAGUUCUGAAAAUAUUCAAGUGAAGAUAAUCAACACUAACCAAGGGAAGGAAAUGGGAAAAAAGACACCGUUGCCAAUGGAAUUGGGACGCAUCUAUUUCAUACUAAGAGCAGUUGGUGUCAUUUACUUCGGCGAUAAACUGAGAGAAACAUCUCUCUGUCCCAGCACAUCAUGUGCUAAUGUCACAUUCGGUGUCGCUUUUCGGUGACGUCCACCUAAGAGAUAAAGAGAGCGGAAGAGCGGAGAGAGAGAGAUACAGAGCGUAUAGAAAGAGUCUGAUGACUGUCUGAUGUGUAUUUUGCAAUUGCUUGUUCCCUUGUAGUGAGAUUGGUGUCUCAGGGUCACCAAGUCAAGUUUGCCCAUUGAGCCAAUCACAAAGGGACAUUCCACUGAGGUCACUUCAGUGAGAGUUUUAAAAGAGGCUCCAUGUAUAGCGGAGUUGUUUCCCUCUGAGCUCCAGGUCAUUAGGACGUCACGCCGGCACUUCACAGCCCUGCUCCUUGACGUUGAACUGACGUAGGGAGGUCAUAAGGCUGUUAUAGAUGGUGUCGUAACCCCCGGACCCCACGGAAACCUAAUCUCUCCCGCUCCUCAGAUCUUUGGUGACAAUGAACAACACGAAGUCUAGGUCUAGGAUACACGCAUCCACACACCGAAAUGCUCAUAGACACAGAAACGUUCACACAUACAGUGGGGAAAAAAAGUAUUUAGUCAGCCACCAAUGGUGCAAGUUCUCCCACUUAAAAAGAUGAGAGAGGCCUGUAAUUUUCAUCAUAGGUACACGUCAACUAUGACAGACAAAAUGAGAUUUUUUUUCUCCAGAAAAUCACAUUGUAGGAUUUUUAAUAAAUUUAUUUGCAAAUUAUGGUGGAAAAUAAGUAUUUGGUCAAUAACAAAAGUUUCUCAAUACUUUGUUAUAUACCCUUUGUUGGCAAUGACACAGGUCAAACGUUUUCUGUAAGUCUUCACAAGGUUUUCACACACUGUUGCUGGUAUUUUGGCCCAUUCCUCCAUGCAGAUCUCCUCUAGAGCAGUGAUGUUUUGGGUCUGUCGCUGGGCAACACGGACUUUCAACUCCCUCCAAAGAUGUUCUAUGGGGUUGAGGUCUGGAGACUGGCUAGGCCACUCCAGGACCUUGAAAUGCUUCUUACAAAGCCACUCCUUCCUUGCCCGGGCGGUGUGUUUGGGAUCAUUGUCAUGCUGAAAGACCCAGCCACGUUUCAUCUUCAAAGCCCUUGCUGAUGGAAGGAGGUUUUCACUCAAAAUCUCACGAUACAUGGCCCCAUUCAUUCUUUCCUUUACACGGAUCGGUCGUCCUGGUCCCUUUGCAGAAAAACAGCCCCAAAGCAUGAUGUUUCCACCCCCAUGCUUCACAGUAGGUAUGGUGUUCUUUGGAUGCAACUCAGCAUUCUUUGUCCUCCAAACACGACGAGUUGAGUUUUUACCAAAAAGUUAUAUUUUGGUUUCAUCUGACCAUUUGACAUUCUCCCAAUCCUCUUCUGGAUCAUCCAAAUGCACUCUAGCAAACUUCAGACGGGCCUGGACAUAAUAAUAAUAUAUAAUAUAAUGUACUGGCUUAAGCAGGGGGACACGUCUGGCACUGCAGGAUUUGAGUCCCUGGCGGCGUAGUGUGUUACUGAUGGUAGGCUUUGUUACUUUGGUCCCAGCUCUCUGCAGGUCAUUCACUAGGUCCCCCCGUGUGGUUCUGGGAUUUUUGCUCACCGUUCUUGUGAUCAUUUUGACCCCACGGGGUGAGAUCUUGCGUGGAGCCCCAGAUCGAGGGAGAUUAUCAGUGGUCUUGUAUGUCUUCGAUUUACUAAUAAUUGCUCCCACAGUUGAUUUCUUCAAACCAAGCUGCUUACCUAUUGCAGAUUCAGUCUUCCCAGCCUGGUGCAGGUCUACAAUUUUGUUUCUGGUGUCCUUUGACAGCUCUUUGGUCUUGGCCAUAGUGGAGUUUGGAGUGUGACUGUUUGAGGUUGUGGACAGGUGUCUUUUAUACUGAUAACAAGUUCAAACAGGUGCCAUUAAUACAGGUAACGAGUGGAGGACAGAGGAGCCUCUUAAAGAAGAAGUUACAGGUCUGUGAGAGCCAGAAAUCUUGCACAAUUGGUGGCUGACUAAAUACUUUUUUCCCCCACUGUACACACAUACACAGGGCACACUUCUACACUCCCCACUGUGAAGAAUGGAGUUCUUCCCUCUCCCCUUCCAGACAGUUCUCCCUCUCUCCUUCCUCCCCUGCUGAGGCCAGACAGUUCUCCCUCUCUCCUUCCUCCCCUGCUGAGGCCAGACAGUUCUCCCUCUCUCCUUCCUCCCCUGCUGAGGCCAGACAGUUCUCCCUCGCUCCUUCCUCCCCUGCUGGGGCCAGACAGUUCUCCCUCUCUCCUUCCUCCCCUGCUGAGGCCAAACAGUUCUCCCUCUCUCCUUCCUCCCCUGCUGAUCAGUCAGCCCAUCAGACUCUGACUUGCUGUGGAGAUAUGAAUCAUGAUCUAUGGCGUGAUUCUGCAUGACUGUGAAAUCCAGUUGCUGGAUAUGAUUGGGUCUCUAUUAUAUUACUGAAUUAAUUAUAUUAUAGUGAAUGGAAUUGAAUUACAGAGCAGAUGUCAUGUAUUAACUCUGUGGGACCAGCGAAGCCGAACAUCUCCAAUGACAAUAAUACGGAAGAUGGCCAGUCUCACACAAUGCUUUGUUUGUGUUUGUGGUAAACUGUCUAAGAGGGUUUUGCCCUAGAAAUGAGCUCUCUAGCUGUGUGAUGUCUUUCUGAAAACUACUGUUUAUGUCCCACUUGUGUGUGUGUGUGUGUGUGUUUUAGUAGUAUGUGUGAGUGAGUGUUUUGGUAGUAUGUGUGAGUGAGUGUUUUGGUAGUAUGUGUGAGUGAGUGUUUUAGUAGUAUGUGUGAGUGAGUGUUUUAGUAGCAUGUGUGAGUGAGUGUUUUAGUAGUAUGUGUGAGUGAGUGUUUUAGUAGUAUGUGUGAGUGAGUGUUUUGGUAGUAUGUGUGAGUGAGUGUUUUGGUAGUAUGUGUGAGUGAGUGUUUUGGUAGUAUGUGUGAGUGAGUGUUUUGGUAGUAUGUGUGAGUGAGUGUUUUGGUAGUAUGUGUGAGUGAGUGUUUUGGUAGUAUGUGUGAGUGAGUGUUUUAGUAGUAUGUGUGAGUGAGUGUUUUAGUAGUAUGUGUGAGUGAGUGUUUUGGUAGUAUGUGUGAGUGAGUGUUUGGUAGUAUGUUGGAGUGAGUGUAGUAUGUGUGAGUGAGUGUUUAUAGUAUGUGUGAGUGAGUAUUUUGGUAGUAUGUGUGAGUGAGUGUUUUGGUAGUAUGUGUGAAGUGAGGGUUUUAGUAGUAUGUGUGAGUGAGUGUUUUAGUAGUAUGUGUGAGUGAGUGUUUUGGUAGUAUGUGUGAGGAUUAGCUUCAAAGCUGGAGCUGGAGCUGUGCCCCAGCCCAGGGCCCCUGCUGGCCUUUCUCAGCCCCGGCAGGGGAGCACACCGCAGGGACGGGACAGGGUCACGGGUACCCCGCCAUGGGGGAGUGAGAGCAGAGCGAGCGGAGCCUGGGAAAAAGGCAGAGACUGGCGGUGCUUGGGCUUUAGCAUUCUCAGCACUCCGCCACCAGGCUUUACCUCACAGCAGGUGACUCGUGUCAGAUCCGCAGCGCUAGGCUAACAGAGCUAACGCUGCAGAGUGGAGCUGUCUGUAGACACUGGGAUAGCCUAGCUCAGCUGACUGACAGCAUGGUAUGUUUGUAAAGGGGUUCUUUCUUUUGGAGGAUUCUUUUGUGUUUUUCCCCCAUCUUUUUUCUUUUAGGUUUUGUGUUAAUUCUAUCAGGCGAUGACUCACUGUCUCAGUGUGUCGGUUAGGGUAGCAUUUCUGUUGGUCAGCUUGUCGGAAGCUUUUUGUAUUUUGUCUUCCAAAUACUCGCUCAUUGUCAGCGUAGACCCGUACAGCUACAAUCAUUUGGCGGCGAUAGGCAACCAGCCGAGUUGAAUGUCCCAACAUUUUAAAGCGAACACUGAGAUUGUAUGAUUUGAUUCUUAUGCGGCAGUCUGUCGGACUCUGAAUAAAUAUGAUGACAGGUAGAACUAACACAUUCGAUCUCCCCUCCGAAGUUUGUGUUCCUUUCUUCCUUCUCCUCACGUCCUCUGAGUGGGGCGUAGUAUAAUGAUGAUAGGCAUCGCCCUUACUAAGCCGAUUUCCCCACGCUGUGAGACUCAUAGCAUGGGGCGAGGGUAGCUCCUCCAGUAGCCAGAUGGCUAACCCCUCACAGCCUCCCUGCAUAGACAGCCCAAGCUAACUGCUCUUUUAUAUGCCGAUAGGAGAGGGGCGACAGAAGUCCGAUUUGGAGAGAGAGCAAGAGAUUGUGGGAUUGAAUUAGGGUGGGGACGUGGGGGAAGAGUGUGCGUGAGGUAAUAAUGAUGUAAAAUAAUUGCGUUAUGUCGUGGAGUGAUCAAGUCAUUUUUUGGGGGUCCUGCCCUUUGUGCAACGGCGAGGCGCAUUGGCGUGUGGGUAGGGAUGGAAGGGAUGUAUGGGUGGAUUGAUGGACAAAUUGUCAUGACGACAGGGCUGGGGCUGAUUGUAGUCUUCUUCCUCUCUCCUCCUGUUGUCCAAUCAGAUGUGCGAGCAGCAUGCAGGGCAGGAGCAGGAGAGGAUGCGUCUACAGCAGCAGUACAGCACGGAGAGGGACAAUCUGGUCCAGCAGCGCCAGCGGGAGGUGAGCACCGUAGAGAGGGAGGCGCGGGCCGCCCUGCACCAGCACCAGCAGCAGACCCAGGAGUGGAGGCAACGCGACACCCAGGUAGGGGGUCUCACUACUCUCCUCUGA